AAGUAGUGUGUCUGUAGUCUCCCCACAAAGUCGAAGAGGAGGAGUGGGUAGUAACGUCAUUCUUAACGUCUGCGCGAGCUUUCGUCGUCUUUGGUUCAUGUGUUAAUUUGAAGAACAAAUAUUUGUUUAACGUUACCGCCUGCGACCUGCAAGAGAACAAUUCAUCAUCUUCCGGGGACGUUGUAUCUCGCACAGUAAGGUCUUCUGCACCUCUCAAAAUGAACUUCUUCUUGGAGACUCUUCAGUUGAUAGUGUUAACCAUCUACUACCACCUGGAAUUACUUGUACAACUCUUCGUCCCUCAGAGGAAGAAAGAUGUGUCUGGGGAGAUUGUGCUCAUCACUGGGGCAGGCUGUGGCAUUGGCAGACUGAUGGCCCUUGAGUUUGCCCCACUGGACGUCUCAUUGGUGCUUUGGGACAUUAAUGUGGAUGGUUUGAAAGAAACUGCAAAGCAGGUUAAAGAAAAAGGAGCGUCAAGGGUACAUUACUAUCAGUGUGACUGCGGUGAUAGAGAUGUGGUCUACCGAGUGGCAGAUCAGGUAAAAAAUGAAAUCGGUGACGUCUCCAUACUAAUAAACAAUGCUGGAAUAGUCAGUGGUAAUAAGUUCAUGGACACUCCUGAUGCAAUUGUUGAGAAGACACUCAAAGUUAAUGCAAUGUCCCACUUUUGGACCUAUAAAGCAUUUCUGCCCGCCAUGACGGACAAGAACCAUGGACAUCUGGUCUGUGUUGCUAGUUCUGCAGGCUUGAUAGGUGUCAAUGGACUGGCAGAUUAUUGCGCAAGCAAGUUUGCUGCUGUGGGUUUUGCCGAGUCUAUGGCAUAUGAGCUGAUAUCUGCGGGGAAGGAUGGAGUCAAAACUACAAUCGUCUGCCCAUACCUCAUCAACACAGGCCUGUUUGAUGGCUGCAAUACAAAGUGGCCCCGACUGCUGCCCAUAUUGGAGCCAGACUAUGUUGCCAAGAGGAUUGUCAGUGCCAUUCUGACAGACCAAGUUUACCUUUUACUUCCAAUGACCUUAUACUUGUUAAGGGCUUUAAAAGGUGUCAUCCCAUUCAAGCAAUCAGUUGUCCUGGGUAAGUACUUGGGGGCCUUAAAUUUCAUGGAUGCUUUCAGAGGACGGGAAAAGAAGAGAGACUAAAUGUUAUAAAACGAAUUUCAUUAUAUUUUGAUGCUUUGUAUAU